CUCAGCCCAUGUGAGAAGCCUCCUCCCAAUCACAGACCACUGGCCUCUGGACAGCAGGCUCAGGGAAUUGCUGCAGGGUAGAAAAGCACCUUGGGCUGGCGAGGGCUGCAGACUGGGCUGGUGCAGCACCAGAAGGAAGAGGAGGAGGAGCGGCAGCUCUAGUGGGGAAUCCUGAAGAUGGCCAAAGACGAUUCCACUGUUCGCUGCUUCCAAGGCCUGCUGAUUUUUGGACAUAUGAUUGUUGGUAUGUGUGGCAUCGCCCUGACCGCGGAGUGCAUCUUCUUUGUGUCCGACCAACACAGUCUCUAUCCCCUGCUUGAAGCCACCAACAAUGAUGACAUCUAUGGGGCUGCCUGGAUCGGCAUGUUUGUGGGCAUCUGCCUCUUCUGCCUGUCUGUCCUAGCCAUUGUGGGGAUCUUGAAGUCCAGCCGGAAACUUCUCCUAGCGUAUUUCAUCCUGAUGUUUAUAGUGUACGGCUUUGAAGUGGCAUCUUGUAUCACAGCAGCAACACAACGAGACUUUUUCACACCCAACCUCUUCCUGAAGCAGAUGCUGGUGAGGUACCAGAACAACAGCCCUCCAACCAAUGAUGACCAAUGGAAAAACAAUGGCGUCACCAAAACCUGGAAUAGGCUUAUGCUACAGGACAAUUGCUGUGGUGUAAAUGGUCCGUCAGACUGGCAGAAAUACACGUCUGCCUUCCGGACUGAGAAUAAUGAUGCGGACUAUCCCUGGCCUCGGCAGUGCUGUGUUAUGAACAACCUUAAAGAACCACUAAACCUGGAGGCUUGCAAGCUAGGAGUGCCUGGUUAUUACCACAAUCAGGGCUGCUAUGAACUGAUCUCUGGACCGAUGAACCGCCACGCUUGGGGUGUUGCCUGGUUUGGAUUUGCCAUUCUCUGCUGGACUUUUUGGGUUCUCCUGGGUACCAUGUUCUACUGGAGCAGAAUUGAAUAUUAAGCAUGAAGUGCAACCGCCAUCACUCCUUCCUCUGCUGACUGGAUUCGGUGCUGGAACCUGCUCUCUCCUAAUAUCCCACACGUGCCCCGCAGUAAGGUGCACACCUUUCUCACAUCACCAAGGCAGAGCGCGUGGAGCUGCUGAGGCUCCCUGGCUCUUACCGUUCUCAGGGCAGGUAUUUUUCAUCCUAGUGUAAGAUUCUGUAUCAUUUUUUGGACUACAAGAUGGAGACAAUCUGGAAAGUAGUGACUACUCUCAUCACUGUUUAUUUUUUAUUUGGGGCAUAAAGACAUUCAAAGGAACCUGUAUUGUCAUAGCAAGCCCAGUCUGUACUGUAUUACAAGAGCAAAUCUGCCCGUAUUUCUCAUUGAUUUCUAAAAAAACAAUCGUUCAAGGCUUCCAGUUAUCUUGGUAUCUUCCAGAUGAGGGAAGGGAAGAAAGAAUGCAGAAAUGUACCGUUAGCCUUUUAUUCCAUGGCUUCUGUCUGAUGAGACUCCUGCAAUUCUCCUGACGCUGCCUUCAGACCCUUUUAUUCUCCAGAGCAAUCCCUGAUGUUUAAUUAACAAUAGUUCAGCUCUCCUCUCAGGCCUUGCAGACUGCUUUGUGUUUAAUAGUCUCAAUUCACCACUAAUUAAAAGUAUAUGGAGCUGGGCGUGGUGGCCCACACAUGAAAUCUCACCACUC